CACCUUGUUUCUCGGGAACUUGUUAAAGGAUUACAACUCAAAAAGCAAGAGAAAGAAAACCUUGAACAGGAAGCUUAUCCUACAAUGAGAAUUACAAGUACAUCUUGUAUCUGCCCAGUCCUAGUUUGUCUCUGUUUUGUGCAGAGGUGUUAUGGAGCUGCUCACCAUGGCUCCAUCAAGGUGACUAGAAACCAAACCAAACACAUAGAAGGCGAAACAGAAGUACAUCAUCGUCCCAAGCGUGGAUGGGUGUGGAAUCAGUUCUUUGUUUUAGAAGAACAUAUGGGACCAGAUCCUCAGUAUGUAGGAAAGCUGCACUCCAAUUCUGACAAAGGUGAUGGAUCAGUCAAAUACAUUCUUACUGGAGAAGGGGCAGGGACUAUCUUUAUUAUUGAUGACACAACUGGAGACAUCCAUUCAACCAAAAGCCUAGAUCGAGAGCAGAAGACACACUAUGUGCUUCAUGCCCAAGCUAUUGAUAGACGGACAAACAAGCCACUCGAGCCUGAAUCUGAAUUUAUUAUCAAAGUGCAGGAUAUCAACGACAAUGCACCAAAAUUUACAGAUGGACCAUACAUUGUUACUGUACCAGAGAUGUCUGAAAUGGGUACAUCUGUUCUACAGGUGACAGCCACAGAUGCAGAUGACCCUACAUACGGAAACAGUGCCAGAGUAGUGUACAGUAUUCUUCAGGGACAGCCAUACUUUUCUGUUGACCCUAAAACAGGAGUGAUCAGGACUGCCUUGCACAACAUGGACAGGGAAGCCAGAGAGCAUUAUUCUGUUGUCAUUCAAGCCAAAGAUAUGGCUGGGCAGGUCGGAGGGCUGUCGGGUUCAACAACUGUAAAUAUCACACUCACUGAUGUCAACGACAAUCCGCCCAGGUUUCCUCAGAAACAUUAUCAACUGUAUGUUCCUGAAUCAGCUCAAGUUGGAUCAGCAGUUGGCAAAAUCAAAGCAAACGAUGCAGACACUGGUUCAAAUGCAGACAUGAAGUACACAAUUAUAAAUGGUGAUGGCUCUGGGGUGUUCUCUAUAUCUACUGACAAAGAAACAAGAGAAGGAAUUAUUUCCCUGAAGAAGCCACUCAACUAUGAAAAAAAGAAGUCAUAUACACUUAAUAUAGAAGGAGCAAAUACUCACCUUGAUUUCCGCUUUUCACACUUGGGGCCAUUCAAAGAUGUAACAAUGUUGAAGAUCAUUGUUGGUGAUGUGGACGAACCUCCGCUUUUCACUAUGCCUUCCUAUGUCAUGGAAGUUUAUGAAAAUGCGAAGAUUGGGACUGCUGUUGGCACAGUAACAGCACAGGAUCCUGACACUGCCAACAGUUUAGUGAGGUAUUUCAUUGAUCACAACACGGAAGAAGAUAGGUAUUUCACCAUUGAUGCUAAUACUGGGACCAUUAAGACUGCCAAGAUCUUUGACAGAGAGGAGACACCUUGGUACAACAUCACAGUAUCUGCUUCUGAGAUAGACAAUCCUGAGCUAGUCAGCCAUGUUCAAGUUGGUGUUAGGAUCCUGGACAUCAAUGACAACCCUCCGGAGCUUGCCAGAGAGUAUGAUGUAGUCGUCUGUGAGAAUGCAAAGCCUGGUCAGGUAACUCUCACAGUAAUUCAGACUAUCACUGCAACUGACAAAGAUAACUCUGCAAAUGGGGCAAGAUUCCAUUUUUCCCUUGAUGAAGGACUUUCUUUGAAUCCCAACUUUACUCUAAGGGACAAUGAAGAUAAUACAGCCAGUAUCCUGACAAGAAGAAGGAGAUACAGUCGAACCACUCAAGAUACCUAUUACCUCCCUGUUUUGAUUUCUGAUGGUGGAGUGCCCCCUCUCAGCAGCAGCAGUACUCUCACAAUUAGGGUUUGUGCCUGUGAGAAAGAUGGACGAGUGAGAACUUGCCAUGCUGAAGCUUUCCUCUCCUCGGCUGGCUUGAGCACAGGAGCUUUAAUUGCAAUCCUGCUCUGUGUUGUCAUUCUUCUUGCAAUUGUGGUCCUUUUCAUCACUCUAAGACGAAGCAAGAAGGAGCCACUGAUCAUUUCAGAAGAAGAUGUCCGGGAAAAUGUUGUGACAUAUGAUGAUGAAGGUGGUGGAGAAGAAGACACAGAAGCAUUUGACAUCACAGCGCUGAGGAAUCCAUCAGCUGCUGAGGAGCUAAAAUAUCGAAGGGAUGUUCGCCCUGAAGUGAAGCCUGUGCUCAGGCAUCAUGCCUCCUCAAGCCUUGACAGUAUAGAUGUUCAGGAGUUCAUUAAACAAAGACUGGCAGAGGCUGAUCUGGACCCCAGUGUGCCCCCAUAUGACUCCCUACAGACAUAUGCCUAUGAGGGUCAUAGAUCAGAAGCUGGAUCUAUCAGCUCUCUGGAUUCAGCCACAACACAUUCUGACCAGGAUUAUAAUUACCUUGGAGACUGGGGGCCUGAGUUCAAGAAGCUAGCUGAACUCUAUGGGGAAAUAGAAUCAGAAAGAACAACUUAG